AUGGACAAGUUUAAGACGGUUCUGAACAUAGCAAACAAAUAGGGUCGAUUCGGGCCCGGGUUAGUGGCUCUGGUGACAGCUGGGGGCGAGCAGAUCUUCUCCUCGGUGGCCUUCAGGUGUCCCUGCAACGAGCUAAACUUCUUCUAUGGCAUGGUGUUCCUGCUCGUGCCGGCCCUGGCCCUGCUGCUGCUGGGCUUUAUUCUGAGUAAGAGGACCUGGAAGCUGGUCACGGGUCUGUGGCACCGCGGGGGUAAGCUGUGUCGCUGGAAGACCCUGAUGUCCGCCUGCAUGGCGCUGUUCCACAUCACCACAACGGCGCUGGUUGCGCCGAGCAGUUGGGUCGCUGUGGCCCUACUUAACGGAAACUACUAUGAGUGCGCCAUGACAGGCGCCAACCUGAGCGCUUACAACCUGCACGUGUGCCAAGGAAAGCUCCCCGAGGAGCAGUGUAAGCAGGAGCUGUUCAUGUUACCUUGCGAGAAAAGCGCACAACAGAGCGGGAAAGAGAAGGUUCUGCGCACAAUGAGAGCGCAUUCUCAGAUUCUGGGUUGGCUCCUUAUCGCCGUCAUCAUGCUGUCCAACCUCCUGCUGAUCUGCAUGGCUCGCUGCAUGUCGCCUAUGAGCUACCAGCAGCAGAGGUUCUGGAAGGCCUAUGCCGAGGAGGAGAAUGACCUCAUGGAUUCAUACACCACCAAACAUGCCAAGGAGUUUGCUGAGAGGAACCUAGAGAGCUUCUUCAAACAGACACCGCCUGAAGACAUAGUCACCCCCUCCAACAAGGACUGGGAGAGGAUCUCUACUCUGUACAAGUUUAGCACCAGAGACCACUACUACAGCACUCUGCACCAGCAUGUUGAGACCAAGGACCAGGAGGCCGACUUUGGAGUGAGGAUGACUUCAGUUCACUCAACCUGAUCUACUGAGAACCCUGAUGUUCUUCGCUUUGUGGAUGAUGGCUUGGUGUCACUGCAGGGACAGUGAUGGUCUGAUGGAGUCCACUCUGAUGUACAGACAGUGGCGGAGCUAGUCUUUUAUCCUUGGGGUGGCCAGAGGGUGGCCAGUGCUAUUUCAGGGGUUCCACAGAUUAUGCCAAUGAAUUUGUUUCUUGACCAAUCAAUCUCAAUUGGAUGUAAAUAAAUGUUAAAAUGUACAUACUAAGCACACAGGAGAUGAGAUUUGUGAA